CUGCGAUGAUCAAGUGCGGUUGUGCAUUGGGAAAGGUGUAAUGUGAUGCUGAAUUUCAAGAGAAAAUCCGCAAUUUUGACGCUUUUCCACAGAAAAUUUCGGAAAACUGUUCAGUAUACACAGUGAGCUAGUGAUACCGCAAAAAAAUGGACGUUUCCACGCAAGAUUCGACCCGAUAGUGAUCUGUCGAUCAUCUGGCGCCGUCUUGACCUGGGCCAAGAAACCCAUGUUUGGUUCAAGUAAAAAUAACACGCAGAAUUUUUUCCAGUUCGGGCGAUAUUGAGAAUCAGCUUUGCUUUUUCAACAUGAUUUUGCCGUUUUAUAAAUCGCUGAUGUUUUUGGCCCUUUUCGGGACAUUCGAUAAUCUAUAAACGAGGAAGCAUGAAAAAAUAGCCUAUAUUUAGAUGGAUCUGACUAUCGUAAAUAUGAGCAGUGAUGCAAAAACGCGUAUAUACACCAGCAAUGCCCAUGCUGCGGUAGCGAAUACACCCCAAGUGACAACAAAAUGUGAGUACUACAAUAGUACCUGCAGCAGUCAACAAGGUUGUGAAGAGGUCGAAGAAUGUGGACACCCAGAAGAGGGACAACAGAACCACUGUUACGUGUUGUGGACUAUGGAGAAUGGAACAAUCACUGUCUCAUUGAAGGGUUGUUUCCUGAACGCUGCCGAUUGUGUAAACCAAACAAAAUGCGUGGAGAAAUCACAGAAUCCCAAGAACAACUUGUUGUAUUGCUGCUGUGAAGGGAACAUGUGCAACACGAAUUUUUCUUGGGAACCUGCACCUACGGAACCACCGCCGCCUAGUACUGCAGUACCAGCAUUCGACGAUAUAAAUUAUACUCUGUAUUGCAGUAUUUUCAUCCCACUGUUUGUGGGAUUUGUCAUUUUAGUAGCUGCAGCCGUUUUCUUCUGGACUCGAAAAAACAAGCAUUACUUCAACGGGUGGGGUGUAAGUGGAUAUUAUCUUUUUAAGUUACCGACGUCGGAACCGAAUCCUCCUCCACCGCCGUCAUCUCCGUUUCUCGACACCAGACCUAUCCAGCUUUUGGAAAUCAAAGCUAGGGGUCGAUUCGGCGCUGUAUGGAAGGCGCAGUUCAAGACCGAAGAGGUCGCUGUCAAGAUAUUCCCCAUACAGGACAAGCAAUCUUGGCAGACUGAACAAGAUAUCUUCAAACUAGCCUAUAUGGAUCAUCCGAACAUUCUGCAUUACAUUGGCGUCGAGAAGAGAGGAGACAAUCUCCAAGCUGAAUUCUGGUUGAUAACAGCAUAUCAUGACAAAGGGUCGCUAUGUGAUUACUUAAAGGCGCACACUCUGACGUGGAACGAGUUGUGUCGCGUGGCAGAAACUAUGUCGAGAGGUUUGAUGCAUCUUCACGAAGCUAUACCCGGAAGGCUACCAGGGGAGCCAUCGAAACCCUCAGUGGCCCACAGAGAUUUUAAGAGCAAAAACGUGCUUUUGAAGAGUGACAUGACAGCUUGUAUUGCCGAUUUUGGCCUGGCUAUCAUUUUCAAGCCUGGAGAGUCCUGUGGAGAUACGCAUGGUCAAGUAGGAACGAGACGAUACAUGGCCCCGGAAGUCCUAGAAGGCGCGAUAAACUUCACCUCGGACGCGUUCCUGCGCAUCGACAUGUACGCUUGCGGUCUCGUCCUGUGGGAGCUCGCGUCUCGGUGCACGGCGCAGGACGGACCUGUUCCAGAGUACAGGCUGCCUUUCGAAGAGGAGGUGGGGCAGCACCCCACCUUGGAGGACAUGCAGGAGGCUGUGGUGCAGAGAAAAGUGCGGCCGCACAUACAGAAGCAUUGGAGGCACCACGCGGGCUUAGCUUCAAUGUGCGACACGAUGGAAGAAUGCUGGGACCACGACGCUGAAGCGAGACUUUCAGCGUCUUGCGUCAUGGAACGAGUCAUGUUGCAGUCCAAGUACCAACAAUCCGCUUUGGGCGGCUGGAGGAUAGAAAACGAAACGCCUAACGCGCCCCCCAAAGACUUCAGUAUCAGCAUGUAGAAUUAAGCAGACAGAAGCUAGGAGGGUAUUGUACCUGCAAUUGCAUAGAAAGGAGUACCUGUAAAACGAAGCAGCUCGUUGCCACACUAGAUUUUCAUGUUGAAAAAUAGUUUUAUAUUCCAAAUCAUGUCAAACAUUUGGUCAGCUGAAACGUGAUUGAUUUUAGAGCGUUUCACGUUAUUUGAUAGCGAUGAACGAAGAUGUAUUUUAUUUAGGCGACAUAAAUUUGGAAUUAAAACUAUAUCAGAUUCAUAAGUAAUGCCAAAAAGGUUCGAUUCGUGAACCUCACCAUUCCAUGUGCCAACAAUAGUUAAAUAGGGGGAAUCUCUCUGUUUUUAAACAGACUGACCAUAAUCAUUUUUAUGUGUGGUGACUAACCAAUAUAAGAAAUAAACUACGAAUGUGUAUCUUUGCUUUCAGAAAAAAAAAACAACAGGCAGGAGUGCGAUCGUUAAAAGGCUGACACAGGUUGACUCUUGACUCAGCUCUUUGCUAAUUUAGAACGCGAAAGCCCAAAAGAAUUACAGUAGAUAAAUCUCGAAUUCUUCCUGAAUUCCUCCGGGCUUUGAGUAUUAAAGGAGGGGGCACAGACCUCACGGUGAAUCUAGCUCAAACUUCGGAAUUUAGCUCUUCGGAGCAUCCCGAUCAAAAGUUUUCAUGGGCUCUUAACAAUCCUACGAAGCGUUUCCUUGAUAUACAGGGUGUGCCAAGAAUGCGAGAAUGGAGUAAUGUUCAACUAUUUAUGGUAUCCGAGGGCACAUUUCUAAAAUACUCACAAUUAUAUAGGGUGUGCCAAUUCCAACGUCAAAAACAUUUCCUUUUAAUGGAAGGCCGUGUCUUUUAUUUCACAUUCGGGUAGGCCUUUUUAAAAGAAGAAGAUCGAUAUAACCUCGGUACUUGUCGGUUUUGAUUGUUAGUUAUUGACCUAAAAAAUACCUCAUCAGUUGUCUUGACAAUUUACAUCAGUGGAGGCAUUUAAGUUGAUGAAUGCUUCAAUCUUUUCAUUUCAGUAUUAAAAAAUCUAAUCGAAAAGAAGUGACUUGUCCUUGACAUGACCUUGAAUGUUAUGGUCCGUUUCAUCAAUACACUAAUGCAAACUCUCAAAUAUGCAGGUUGUCAAACUGCGGUGUUUCUUAGAUAAAAAACCCAACAGGCAAUAACUAAUAAACCAUAAGUAAGUCAUUUCAAUCUUCCUCUUUUAAAAGGGCCUAUCCGAAUGUGUAAUAAAACGUACAAACUUGCAAUUAAAAAAAAUUAAGGUCGAGCAAAACUGGAACACGCUGUAUAAUUGUGAGUAUUUGAGAAAUGUGUCCUUGGGUACCAUGUAUAAUAACCAAUAAAUAAGUGUCUUUGACGAGUUUUCGUUUAGGAGAAAUACUCCGUUCUCGCAUGCUUGAGACCAUGUAUAUCAUGGAAACGCUUGAGAACUUUUGAUCAAGGUGUUCUGGUGAGGUUUUCCCUAAAGUUUGAGCAAGAUUUACCGUAAGGAGGACGCUGGAAUUGAUACUGCUUGUCUGACACGACUUGUUUGCUAUUUUUUUCUGAGGGCAUAGACACGUGCUAUUAAACAAAUUUUCUGUGACGCGACGGACGUUUUUACCGUAUUUCGCGCCGCGUCUAACAUUUUGAGUAUUUCUUUUUGUACGGUGUUGUAGAAAAAUAUACAGAUGUCUUAGGGUUAGUACAAUGAUGCGGAUGAAAGUAUGAUAUGCCUGGGAAACGGUUCACAUUUUUUCGGAAUAUUUAAAAUUUCAGAUGAACGCUCUUGAUUGACAAAAUUCGUGUACGCGUGCAUUUUUUUAGAAGUUACAUAUCAAUUCUGCAUGAAUUCGUGAAAUUUGAAUUGUAUAUAUUUUUUAUAUUAACGAUAAACGUCUCUUUAAUAUAAUAUUUGUUGUACGGGAACAUUGUGCUAAAAAGUAGGAAAAUAAAUCGACUACUGGUAUAUUUAGUAUUUGUUGUUUAUACAGGGUGAUUCAGAAAACGGAAGCGUUUUUUGCGAAAACUAUGCGAGAUGUCCUGUUUUUAUGAGAGGAAAAAUGAGGUCUUUUACAUGAAAAAAAAUCGUUGGGAGAGUUGCGAAAAAACUUUGCUGUAAUUUAAGUAGGGGUGGGGGCAGUUUUCACCCUUCUCGAACUUUUUCAGUUUUUUUUUUUGUAAAAGUCAAAUAUUAGGACGUUUAGCAAAACGGUGUUGACUUGACGUAGAAACAGUGAUGACCAAAAAUUUUCGUGGCUGAAGUUGUGACAGUAGCGUGGAAAUUGGAAAAUUCAAUGCCCCACAGAAAGAAAAUCAUUUUCCACGUCACUAACUUUUUGGGAACAUCUAUUACAUAUUUUAAUAAUAUAUUAGAUUCUCCGUGCACUGCCUGUUUUCUUGUUAUAAUAUACGUAAUAGUAAUAAUAGACGUCUUCGUUUUAUAUACAAUAACAUAGUAAUGCAGCUGAAUCACCCUGUAUAUUAGAUGUGAUAUUAAAAGAUUAUACUUCUGUGCACACACAACACGACGUCUCGAAAAACCUGUUUUUGUGUACGGCCACUUUUUUAGAAGAAAUUCAGAUGAACGCUACAACCCACAAAAAAUAAUAAACAUACCUACAAGUCGGAUUGUUUUCCUUCAUAAAAUUAUAUGCAUAACUGUUACAUUUAGAUCAGAGAAGAAUAUUAUGUUUGUAGGGAAAAUCAGGAUGGUAUAUUUUUAAUGAAUACGAUAUUUUGCAGAAAAUAUUGAAAGAGACGUAACGUAAUGUUGAAAGGAAAUAUGAGAAUAUUUUUUUAAUUGUUGAGACAGAAUCUACGAUACCUGAACUUGGAUUUUUCAGUUUUUAAAGUUAUAGGAUUGGUCGAAAUUAUAUAGAAAAGAAAUAUUCAAAGCAUGAAUAUUUUCUAUGAAAAAAAAUAUCUUAUUAUGGUACUGUAUUUACUUUGUCUACAUACGUUUUGGAGAAUAUAAUAUACACAUUUGAGGAGCUGAACAGUUCCAUUGUAUCAAAGUUUCAAUGACGAAGGUCUGACCUGCAGAAUUCGUAGGCUAGGAUUGAAAGUACGAAAAUGUAAAUUACACAAAGUUUUACCCAGAAACUAGAGUAUACUUUCCAAAAAAUCUUCGGAAAAGUAUACUGUGGUUUUUGGAUAAGAGGGUGGGCUCAAUUUUGGACUUGGACUAUGAUUUUUCCAGAAUUACUUGGUGGACGAGACAAGAAUUAUCUGUUGUUCGAUCCAAAACUAGACCGUUGUUUUUUUUUUUAGUUUCAACAUCACUGUCGUCUGUUCCUUUAUCCAAUUGGACUUCAGAGAAUUUUCAAUACUUUCAGGUUAAAAACAAGUCUGGUGAUUAUAAAAAUCCCGAAGUGCAAUCACCGAAAUCCCCUACUUCUAAAUAGUGGUAACAGACUUUGACGCAUUGAGGCUGUUCAGCGAUUUUUUUAGGAAUUUGUGAGACUGAAAUUGGACAUAUUAACAGAAAUAAUCGUAUUAUUCAUUCGAAAAAAAAAAAGAAUAAUCUAACCUGCUUUAAGAUUUAACUUUUUAGCAUCUAGUUAUUUUAGUUCUUCCAUUUAUAAGUGUAAACAAACGGUUUAGGAAUCUAUAGUACAGAGUAUUUUAUAAGAGAAUUUUUACGUAAACACUAUCCGUUUAAACUUGAUCUAAAGUUCUGCGACAUCGAGAAGAUUUUUCAGUUUGUUGACUUUGUACGAUUUCUUUUGAUCGUCAUGUAAUCUCGGUAACCACAGCAACGAUUUAGGGUUAUUGUCAUUCAAACGGACUUUAGUUUCAUUACAGUAAUUUACAGUCUCAUCAUGUUGCUUCAUUUUCCAAUAACAGCAGGUUGCAAUUUUAAGUCUAAACGGAUAGUUUUUCAUGUUAUUUGUAUGAAGGCAGCUGAUUUUUUCGUAGUUCUACACACACUGAUCUUUGGGUUGCUCACAUACGUAUACGGGGUGAUAAAAUGUAAACAUAGUAAAAAUAUAAGUGUUACACUAAGAAAAAUGUUAUUGAAUAUAGGGUGUAAAAUUCAUCCUCUUUAUAGUGAGUGCGGUAGACCUGGACCACUGAAUAAAAGAAAAUAUCUAUAAACAAAUAAUUAUGAAUUUAUCUUAAAUACGUCUAACGGCUGACCUAUAUUCAACUUUUUGGAGUUGGAGUUUCGAAAUGGCCGGGAGAAACUUACAGGUAGUUUGUCCUAGGGCAUAUUCCGUAAAAAAAUCAUUUUUUUGUAGUACACACGCUGCACAAGAAAUACUAUUUAAUGGUGACCUUGGCCAUGACUCUCAAGGUCAACUUAAACUUUUACGACCUUCAUCCUUUACACCUGUCGUUCCAUUUUUGAGUUCCAAAGUGAGUGAAGGUCGUUUUCAAGGUCAUUGUCAAGGUCACCCCCAAACGUAAGAUUUUCUGAUCUUUCACUCUGCGAUCUCAUGUUAUACGAUUUUCAAGUUAACCUAUGAAUGACCUUGAAGGACAUUUUCAAGGUCACUGUUCAGGUCACCUUCAAACGUAAUAUUUUCUGAUCUUUCAUUCUGCGAGAUCAAAAACAUGAGUUCGUGUUAUACGAUUUUCAAGUUAGCCUGUUAAUGAUCUUGAAGGGCA